GUCAGUCCAGAAACAUCAAUCGCAAGCGAAUUUCUAUGUGAAGAAAAUGGAAUCAAGUGUAGUAUUCAAUAGUAUCGUUAGAGUUAAAGAAGAACCAAUCGACGUGUGGCUCGGUGAAAAUGAUUACAUUGAAAUUGACAAGACACCCAAUGUCAACAAUUUUCAAUUCCUAAGAAAUCCGCAAGAAAAUCAAAUUCAAAAAUCUGACGAAAAUCAUGAAAGUGAACUUAGCGACUUGGCGAUCGAGUUGGAAUGUAAAGACAUGAAGCCGAGCUUGGAUUUAUUAGCAGUUAUGAAAAUUGAAAAUUGUUCUGAAGAUCACUCGGCAGCUAUUGAAAAUUGUAACGAAUAUCAAACUCAAAACAUUAAAUUAGAAGCUUUGGAUGCAGUAAAAAAAGAAUCGUUCGUGGACGACACAAAUGAAUUGAGUAUGAACUCAUACUGUGAAAUCUUUGCGACAAUGAAAAGAAAAACAGUUGUAAAAAAUAGGGAUUAUAAACAUAAACUCAAAAAACACAUUGUUGACAUGCCGAAUGGUAAAACCGCUUAUCAUUGCGAUACAUGUGGAAAGGCAUGCAGACAACGAAAAAGUCUCAAAGACCAUAUCGACUCGGCGCAUCUUAAAGUCACCCACAGUUGUAACUUAUGUGGAAAGUCAUUCGGACUUAAGAGCACUCUUAAAAAACACAUCGACUCGGUGCACCAAAAAAUCACUCAUGCCUGUGAUACAUGUGGAAAGUCAUUCUCAUGUAAAAUUUAUCUGAAAAAACAUAUUGAAGCGAUACAUAAUGGUAAAACUCCCAUAUGCCAUAUCUGCGGAAAGACGUUCUCUCAAACGAGUUGUCUUCGCACCCACAUCAACUCAGUGCAUAAUGGUAAAAUUACCCAUUCUUGUGAUACAUGUGGAAAGUCAUUCAGACAUCAGAGUAAUCUUAAAAAUCACAUCGACACGGUGCAUCAUAAAAUCACCCACAGUUGUGACUUAUGUGAAAAGUCAUUCUCACUUAAAUAUUCUCUCAAAAAACAUGUUGAAGCGAUACAUAAUGGUAAAGCUCCCACAUGUGAUAUUUGCGGAAAGAUGUUCUCUUGCAAGGGUAGUCUCCAAAUCCACAUCGCUUCAGUGCAUAAUAGAACGAAAAGUUAUGAAUGUGACGUGUGUGGCAAGAAAUUCGCGCGAAAGGAUGUUCUGAAAAAUCAUAUUGAUUCCACGCAUAAUGGCAUCACCUACCCAUGCGAUUUUUGCGGUAAGGCAUUUUCCCAUAGAUCUAAUUUGAAACAUCAUAUCUAUUCGAUACACAAGGAUAUCAUCUACCCGUGCGAUUUUUGCGGAAAGACAUUUUCCAAAAAAUGGAAUUUGAAAACUCACAUCGACUCGGUACAUAAUGGUCAAAAACCUUACAAAUGUGACACGUGCGGUAAGAAAUUCUCGCAAAAAGUUCAUCUUAAAUGGCAUAUUAAUGCCAAACAUGUUUGUGUCACACCUACGCGUGAGAAGCACGUGGGAAGACAUUUUUAAGAGGUAGCAAUCUCAAAAGAAAGGUGCAAAGAUAUUUUGUGCGAAGUUAAAAUUUUAAAGCAUGUAAACGGUUAACUCGCUUAAUGGUUAACUUACACAAUUAUAAUUUAAUGAAUGGAUACAUUUGAUAUAUUCAAUUCUGUUCACCGUAAGAUCAACUAAUAUUUUAUAUCAUAUUAUAGUAUGUUUUUCUGUAUUGUACUCUGCUGCGAGUAUUUUAUGUAAAAUAUAGGACUCGAGAGUGGGCCAUUAGGAGCAAUCAAAAAAGUAUGCAUCGUCACUAGACCCAGUAAAUCAUGCUCGGUACAUCGUCUAUUUGAAUAAAUAAUUGAAUAUUGUAA